AUGCUGGCAACUGUAAGACCGCAAGACGUUGCCGGGACGCAAUGCCCACGAGAUGCGGUAUGUCUGGGCAACUGACCCGUCGCUGCGUGGUUCAUGCCGGCGGAUCUUCGGGAUCAACAUUGACUGACACGGGCCUCGCAGUCCGACUUCACCUCCUCCGCUUUACCACCACGACGCAUACCAAAACUCGCCGUGCGGAAUCGAACACCUGAAACUACCCUCCAGUCCGACACUGCGGCCUCCGCCUCCGGCAAGGAAACUCGCAAUGAGAUCCGCAUCGCAUCCCACCGAUCGCAACAGACGUCGUCUGCGGGCAUUGAACCAACAUCGAGCGUCUUUGCAUGGAAGACAACACAGAGUCAUCAGCGCCAUGGCAAGGCUCAAGAACAGCUCUCUGGCCACCGCCAUCAGUCCAAGAGGAAAAGCGCCGGCGUGCUUGGCUUCUUCACCCUGAAAGAGCCCUCUACCUCAGCCUUAGAAGCGUACGCAGAGCAUGAGAAGAGGAAGGCUGCUCAGAAGGGCAGCAACCCCGUCGCAAUAGUCAUGCCUGGUGUCUCAUCCCAAAAACUGCCGGAACAUGUACCCAAAGUCAACAGCAAGUGGGAUGGACUCCCGGAGGCUGCUCACCGAAAGAGCGCCGAUCGCAAAGAGAGAGACGAUAGGUAUGUACACCUCCACCGACGUCAACAUUACUGCGAUUGUAGCAGUCCUGACUCUCUUCCGCAGGAGCAAGAGGUCCUCCUUGAUUUCAUUAAGCACUACCAGCUCCGAUUCCACAAGGCGGCCGUAUGAAUCCCUCUCCAGCAAGCCAUCUGUCCGUCAGUCGCAGUACAAGAAGCGGUCAGUCUUCCAGGUGGCUGACUCUACGGAAGCCGAACGGCCGCAUAGCCAACAAUCAAGAAAUAGUCGCCCAGCAACCGAGUCGCCGCUAUUCCCCUCUACAGGACAUGCAGCCUUCCGAGCACGGCAACGGACCUAUUCCAACGAAGAUUCAACGCCGCCACUCUUAUCGCUAGAAAGCGACUUGUCUGAAGCUCCAGCGCUUCAGGCGCGCGGCUAUUCCAGUGCGACAAGUACAUCUUCCGAUGCAUCGCCUCGAACCCCAGCGGCAGACAUGGGCUCUUGUCCUGUCAGUGACUCAGAAGGGGGCUUUUUCAGGUCUGCUAGUGUCGCCAUGUCGGCAUCUCCCCCGGCAACGACACGAGGACAGGACAAAUCUGUCGGUCGUGUGGCGCCAGCAAUUUCCCCAGCUCCUUCGAAGCAGAAUGCAUCCAAAUCAAAAAACCAUAACGCUCUUCCCUGGGAUAUGUUCCAGCCACCCUCGGAGUCUGCUUCUCUGGCCUUGUCAUCGCCUCACGAGGCUACGAAGCGCAACAAGCGGUUCGGCUACAAGCUUGGAAGGAAGUAG